AUGCCAGGUGACAGCCGACAUCGAGAUGCCCACUGCUCCAUUGAUGUCCAAGGUGGCCUCGUCAGAAUUUUCCCCUGUCCAAUGAUACGGUCUCUAUUGACGCGUAGGAUUCUCAAGUUCACCUCAGACUGGAAGACCGACAUAAAUUUGGCAAUCAUCAGGCUCCAUACGCUCUACGAGACUUGGAAGACAUUGACGCCAAGGAGGCGGCACAGCAGGGUCUCUAAUUGCGGCCUAUGGUAUCCUCGCAGAGCUUCAUGCACUGCCAGACGUCGGCUGCACUAG